AUGGGACCAGCCAAAUUUGAGCUUGAGCCAAACAAAACAGCUUUGGACACACCUGUCAUGUCCUUCACUGAGGUCGACAAGGACAGUGAAGAUGAUAAGGAAUCAGAACAAUAUGACGAGGCUGACUACACACGAAAUUACUGGGAGGAUGAGGAUGAUAUCUACCAGGAGUUUGAGGAACUGGAUUUUGAGGCUUUGUCUGAUAACUUGGACACAAGGAGCAUUGCAUCUGAUGAUUCUUUCUACCCGCUUGACACUUCAGAGGAAUCUGGUGGUCUACACCCGCCAUGUCGUGGGAGCCCAGAGCCAAUAUCCUUCUUUAAAGCCUGCUGCAAUAACAACACCAUCAUCGUCAAGAUCAUGAUCAGACAAGGAGUGACUGAGGAGGAAGUGCAAGAGACAGACCGGAACCGAAGAUCUGGACUAAUUGUGGCGUGUUACUAUGGCUAUGUGGAUGUGGUCAUCGCCCUAGCUCAAUGUCCUUAUAUUGAUGUCAACUGGCAGGAUAAUGAGGGAAACACCGCUCUUAUUACUGCAGCACAAGCAGGUCACGUGUUCAUCUCUCACUACCUGCUAAACUACUUCCCUGGGCUGGAUCUUGAAAGGCGGAACUGUCACGGUUUCACAGCUUUAAUGAAGGCUGCAAUGCAGGGUCGAGCCGACACUUGUAGAGCACUCAUGCUGGCUGGAGGUGACGUGCAAGCCAGGGACAAUGGUCGCAGGAUGACCCCACGGGAGUGGGCUCUCUUCACUGGUCGCUAUGAGACUGCUUACCUGAUGCAUCAAGUAAUGUUGAAGCCCUGUGCUGAGCAGUUCUGUGACUCCUUCAAUCCAGAGUGGCCCUUGCUUGAGGAUCUGGUUGCCCAGGCUGAAGAGCCCAAGUCCUGCUGGAAGCGUAUGAUCGACCUCCUGUCCUGUUGCCCUUACAGAUUUUACCUUAAUAAUAAGGUGAACCCAGUGGAUGACGGUGUUUUGGAGCACAUGGUCCGGAUCACUACUAGUCUGAGCAGUCCAUUUAUUGCUACAGCCUGUCGAACUGUGUGCCCAGGAAGCCCACCAUGCAUUGGGAAACGACGCUACGCAGUGCAGGAAAUUCUCAGGAGACAACGGUUGGCUGAGCUAAAGCACCUUGGCCCGGACAGGCUGAAUCACUACAAGAGAUUUUUCCAGAACUCACGGGUCCUCCUCAUCCCCAAGGCAAGAGAUCGGCGAGCCAGCCUCCAGCCUCAGCUCCUGAAUGACAUGGCUGUAGCAUCCACGGUGGCCAUAAGGCGAGCGAGUCUUCUCCCGCUUCAUUUGCUGAGGAGGAGCAGUGUCCGACCAGGCAUUGUGAUACCAAAAGUGAGGCUGUGCAAGGCCCCAGAUCCUAGUUUCAAACCAGAAAAACUCAGAUGGAGUAACAAUUAUGAUCAGCUCCAAAUCCCGAAGUGGGAUUACAAGAUGAAGAGGGUGGAGAGAAAAAAAGAGGAAAGGCUGUUACUACCGACAAGGCGAAUAUGAGACAGCGGUAAAUCUCAUUAUCUGAUAUCACUUGGUGCAAAUUACAAAUAGCCACAAACAUUGAUGGGGGUGUGGUUCAUUCGCUUCACCUUUGUGCAGUAGCUUGGGUUGAAUUUCUACUAAAAGGGAGGGUGAACCUGAGGAGGAAUGGUUGUUUAUGUACUACAUGUGCACUGAGACUGACUGUGUACCGGUCAAGGAUGUAGUCUGCCUUUCCCCAAAGUCAGUUGCAAUAGGCUCCAGCUCAACCCCUAACCCAAACAAGAAAACUGGUUUGUAAAAUAGAUGGAUGAAUGGAAUCCCAACCACAAGUACUAUAAACACAUUUGAAGUCCUAACACUGUGGGAAAACUAGACAGUUGACAUGUCUAAGUGAGUAUUUCUCUUCUGCUUCCUCGGAUGGCCGACACUGUUGGAUUCAUUGCCUUGUUUCUACUUAUUUUGUUCACUCAACAUAUUCACAAUA